GGACGCACUGACCGUGUCCCGGCUUCCAUCGAUGGUUCACCGCAGCCCGGAGGAGGGACCGACCUUCCACCGCUGCCCGGAAAUCCGCGUCCAGGAGCCGUGCACUCUGACAGCAACAUGCUGAAGCCGGGCGACCCCAGCGGCUCGGCCUUCCUGAAGGUGGACCCGUCCUACCUCCAGCACUGGCAGCAGCUCUUCCCUCAGACGCAGCUGAAGGCGCCGCUGGCCCCGCCCCCGCCGCCACCUGACCGCCUGUCCAUCCCCGUGGACGCCCUACGCCCGGCCCGUCUGCACGGCCACCUGCUGUCCUCCGCCCACUGCACCUCCUCGUCCUCCUCCUCAUCCACCUCCUCGUCUUCGGCCUCCUCGGCGGCGGCGGCCCUGACCCCGCCCUCCUCCAUCUCCAUCUCCACCUCCGCCGGCCUGUCCCAGCUGCCCGUCCCCCAGCAGAUCGCGCUCUUCGGGCAGGCGUUGGCCCCGGUGUGCGGGGGCCCCGGGGGUCCAGGAGGAGCCGGAGCCACGGGACCAGGAGGGGGAGGAGCCGACCUGGUGGUGGUGGUCGCCCCCGACAACCAGCAGGGUCACAACCCGGGACUCCUCCACCAGGCCAAGGAGCAGGGCUGUGGGGGGGCGGGGGUGGGGGUGGUGUCGUCCAGCGUGAAGAGCGGCGGCGGAGGAACGGGAGGCGGCGGCGGCGUGGAGGAGGGCGGGAAAGGAGGAGGAGCGGCGAUGGCGGCGGCGUCCAGGCUGAAGCUGACGGCGGAGGAGCUGGACUAUUACCUGUACGGACAACAGAGGAUGGAGAUCAUCCCCCUGAGCAACCACACAGCUGAAGUCAACAACAGAUGUGACAUGUGCGCUGAUAACCGGAACGGGGAGUGUCCCAUGCACGAAAAGACGCAGACGCCACUGGGUCAAAGACAGAACGCUGCAAAUGUGAUCCACCAAUCAGCACACAGCCCCGCCCACAAGAAUUCCAGGGAAUCAGAAAAGUCCAACACCCACCCACCCCCACCCACUGGGAACUUUAACCAAGGUCAGGGACAUUCACCCCAGGGACCGGACUGGAUCAAGUGGAGGACGGAUUUGGUCCACGGGACACAGGUUUGA